AUGCGAGAUGGAAGGGCAUCAAGGAGCCGGGAGGGCUCCUACAACGAGCGAUCUUUAGAUCGGCCUCGCCCGAAGAGAGUGUUCAUUGGCAACCUCCCCGUCGACGUCACUGAUGCAGAUCUCCGCCCACUGGUCCAGCAAGCUGGCCCCGUUCGGUCUCUGCAGAUUCGGAGCUCCAGAGCCACCGGCGGUGGCAGGCCCAAAAGCCUCUUUGCCCACGUCGAAUUCGAAAACGAACAAGACUGCGAUGCCCUCUUUGCAAUUCUCGACGCUCGUGUCUUCAGAGGUCGAACGCUGCGCGUUGAAUGGGGAGAUGACAAACCGCGUCAGAAGCAGAGAGGCGAUGGCAGUGCUGCUGGAAAGCGCAGUCGAGGCACUGCCUUUCCGUCCGCUUCCGUGGAGAGAGAAAAACCUCUGGACUUUCCAGACGCAAACGGAGAGCCCCACGGGCCCUCGCCUGUGGGGCGCGGCGAUUCCGUAGGCCCCGCCUACGACCGCCGCUUUGCAGGCCAAAGCCGGGGACGGUCGUGCGGACGCGGGGCGGAAGAAGACGACCGAGGCGGGAGAGGCAGGACGCAGGCGGGAGGCCAGCGACCAGGCGGGAAAGCAGAAGAGGAAGCCGCGUAUCCAGGCGACAGAAACACGGAAGGCGCACUCUUUCACGCCAACGGACUGAAGUUAUUUACUGCCGAUGGAACCAUUACUCCUCAGGCCCUACAGAUUGCAGCGAAAUUGACGCGAGGGGACCUGGGCGCAAUUCUGGAAGAGAUUCAGAGUCUGAGUGCGCAGAUGCCUGCCACUGCCCGCAACGCGCUCCGCGAGAACCCUCUCCUCUGUCACGCCCUUCUUCACGCCCAGCUCGCCUUACACAUGACUGCAGGCGAAGAUCUCAACCUCGUGCCGCUGUCACCUGCUCAGCAGGAAACCGCCCGGAAGAUCCUCGUCGAUAGACUCUCGCUGGAGCUUCGGCUAUGCCAGGGGAAGUCCCCUGAGUCUCUGUCUUCUUUGCCCCUCGCUUUCUCUGGCCUCUAUGGCCCGUCUUCUCCAGAGGUGUCUGCUUCCACCUUAGACCAGACGUCCCAAGGUCGGGACUGCGGUGGCCCACAAGACCCGCGUCCUUCUGCGCCCCAGGCCGGGGCUCGGGUGUCUCCGCCAGUCGCCGUUGUCUCCUCGGCAACCGGCGCUGCUCUUUUGCCUGCCGCCUCGGAUGCGUCGCCAAGUCGCACCCGAGAGGAGCCCAGAGGCGCGCCUGGCGCCUCCUUCCCGCCCAAGCCUGCGGCUGCGCCUUCCUCAGGAGGGCCUUCCGAUCGAAAGGUCGGGAGCACACCCCCAGACGGCGGCGCUGUUUCGGCUCUUGCGGUCGAGGAUCAGCACGCGCCGCCGCGGCCUUCGUUGGCGGAUGGAUUCCUCGCGGCUGCCGCGUCUCCGCACGCCCUGCCGGCGGCUCGGGGGCCACCGGGCGCAGAUACGAGAGUCGCUGAGAGCGCGACAUCCCACCUGACUUGCACAGCGGCCGAGAAGGCGGAGGCCGAGCCUGCAGCAGCGCGACAAAGUGCAGCUGCAGAAUCCGAGACCUCGCAAAAUGAACAGGGGACACUGCCGACUCUUGCCGGUGGGCAGGAAGCGGACGCGGCGAGCGCGAGUGUCUCCGCCCCUGCGUCGGCUCCAAGUGUCUCCGCCCCUGCGUCGGCUCCAAGUGUCUCCGCCCCUGCGUCGGCUCCAAGUGUCUCCGCCCCUGCGUCGGCUCCAAGUGUCUCCGCCCCGCAGGGUAUCCUGUCAAAACGUGAGGAGCCUCCACUCGGGAGCGUCACCUCCCUGGGGCUUGUGGCCCCGGCGGCUCGCCGCAGUCUUUCUGCGGGCACGUCUGCGCCUCCGCCGCUCCUCCCGACCCCGCAGUAUCCUCCACCGGCGUUUCCUCUCGGUCGAAAUGGGAGACAGGCAAUAUUUGACUCCUCGGUGUCUGCUUCGGUGCCGCCGUUUGCGCCAUGUUCCGACGGCGUGGACGCUGAUCCCGUCCUAGGCGCGCUCGCAAAGGACGACCUCGGGGGGAAGGCCCUCCCGACGCCUGCUGUGGCGAGCCUCGAAGAUCGAAGCAAACCGCUAUUGGCAACUCCCCCAGCCUUUUCUCUGAGGCCAGCGUCUCUCCCGCCUGCUGCUGGCCGCACUGCAUGCGUUCCUCAGCUCGCUGGAGGGCUCUCAGGAAGGGGACCUCCCCCCGUGCAUGCGACCGGGCCUGCAGACCAGUUCCCGGCCACCCCCCCGCCGCAGUUCUCGCCUGUCACACCUGCGGGCGAAUCGUCGACUCUGCCGCCAGCGGGGCCUACGAAAAGCCUGAACGCGCAGCCUCAGGAGAAAACAGUUGUGGGGAUUUUCGGCGCGGAAGGCUCGCAGCGAGCUUGCCACGCCACGCCGGUGGCGGUGGCUCCCGCGCAUGGUGACUCGAGGGGCGGGGCGCACGCGCAGCUGCCUGGGGGGCUGUGGGCCUCUCCAGUGUCUCCUUUUGGAACCGAGACAUCCCCUGGUCUCCACCCGCGGACAACUGUGGUCCGCGCGACGCUCGGCGGUGCCGGUACGCCUGCUGGAUCUCAGCUGCGGGAGUCCGGGGGCCAGCAGACGAUAAAGAGAAGAAGAACGGAGGAAGGAAUGGCCCUCCAGCCGCCAUCGGCAGGCGUCGACGACGGCGCCAGGCUCCGCCUUAAUGGCGGCGCCCUGGGGCCUUCCUGGUCUGCUCUCCCGUUGUCUUCUUCAGCAUCCUUCUCGUCGUCGGCGUCCUUAGGAAGUUUGGAGAGUGUCGAGUCUAAAAACGCGACGGCUCCGCAGAGAGGCGCUGGACUGGUCCCUCAGCUCCCGAGAGAGCCUCUGAAACCUUCCGCAACACCUUCCACGCCUUCGCUUCUACCGGCUCUCGCGAGUAGCCUCCCUCUGUCUCACGGCUCUGCGCCUGGUGAAUCAGGACACGGAAUCCCUAAGGGCCCUCCGCUUCCGAGUGCCCACGGGGCGCAAGCUGGCACUCCGCAGCCGGGCGUUCCUCUCGCGUCUCUGAGUCACCCGUCGGCGCUCGGGAGCGAGGAUCUCGGCCGCCUCGAAUCGUGCUCCACGCGUCCGCCGCUGCCUCGGGGGACAGGCGCGGGGCCGACUCCCCUUCGGGCCUCCCGACAAGGCCACGCAGAGGGUAUCGGCAUCGUUGAGCUGCCUAGGCCUUCCACUCAGACGCCUGCUGGCACUGCAGGCGGAGACAGAGAGAGGGCGAGCAACGCCGUGGCGAUUAUCCUGGCUCAGGAAACUGCUGUCGAGGAAGCGGCUCCGGCGCUCGUGGACGAGGUGAUGAGAGUGCCAGCGAUGCUGCGAAACAUCCUAACAGCGCAGUCGAUGCAGAUGCUGCAGUGGGGCGAGACGGAGAGGCGCCAGGUGUUAUCGAUUCGCAAAGCGCUCCGAAAGAGAGGCUGCGUCGUUCUCGAUCAGUGA